AAGAUGAACUUUCAUGAAAUUUUUGUAUCCUUUUCUUUUCAUCAUAAAUCAAAUCGCUAUAACGCUUUGCUGAUGUCAUGCUCGCAGAAUGACCACUGAAAAUGCCCAAAGGCCUCUCGGCAACCACGACAUUGCUUCGCCUGCAACGGAAGAGUAUGCUGAGAACACAAACAAUAGUCGCAAACUGCCUGAGCUACAAAAAGUCAAGACAGUCGCGACUGAGUCCAAAAGUGGUCUAAAAAGAAGUGCCUCCUCGCAUAACCUCAAUCAAGUCAAGUCAUCCAGAAGAUCCCUCUCGGCCUCCAAGUCCAGAUCGACCGCCCAGUUGACUCACACUUCGCCUACAAAGCACACAAGCAAUCAGAAAUCUCAACAAAAUGGAGGCGCUAGUCGACUGUCUCGAUUCAUGUCUUCGGAUCACAUCUCAUUCAACCCUCUAGCAACUGCCGACCCUGAUUUAGCCUCGAGUGCGCGUGCACAGGUUGAGCGUGCAAUAAGGGAGCGCAAAGUUUUCACAAUAGUCGGGGGUUACAAACCAGUGCGAAAGGGAUUGCGUAGACGAAACUACGUGGAAAAGGUAGCUGACCGCGUUUCAAAGAAACAAGGUGUAGGGGGAGGGGGAGUUGGGACUGACGGGGAGGAGGGGGGUGACGGGGACGAAGAAGAUGGAGAGGGGGAGGGGGAUGGGAGUGGAAGUGAGCUGGACUUCAGCAGUGACUCAGAGGACGAAAGUCCGGAAGUGAAAAACCUCAUUGCGCGCAUCAUUCGCAACGUCUCUCCGACCUUCACCUGGACAACUAAGAUCCGAUCGGAAGACAUCCGACAGUCGAGGAGCCUCUACAACCACUUUCCAGCUACCUGGUGCUUUACAACCAAGAAUGGACUCACCCAGUCCAUUCGGGACUUGCCCUGGCACGGGACAUUCUCGGUGGAUCAGAUUUACCCCAGAUGUUACCGGAUCGGGUGCGAAGCGGAACGGAACUCUUUCAUUGAGGAUUUUAAACUGACGGCCGCAGUUGGGAUUCUCAAAACAGUCGCCAACUCAUUUGCACCCCCUUAUCUCCCUCCAAGGUUGUCAGCUGGUAGAUUCCGACCGCAGUCGCGAGGUGCAAACAGCCGACCACCUACUGAGCCGAGAGAUGACCAAAACAACCAAUCAAUGCACUUGUCAGACGUCGACUCCAACAAAGGCGGCGACGAAAUGGUCGAGGAUCCGAAUGCUGACCCUAGACUCGUCGUUUUCAAAGUGGAUGAAAAUGCCUCGAAUAGCGACUUGAACAAUAAUAAUUGUAAAAAUGAAAGUGAAAAUUUGGCUGAGGCGGAAAAUAGGACUAUAGUUGCGGCGGAUGUGAGACCUGCGAGCAAAAGCAUGUUGGCUGCCAUGAGUUCUCAGCCUCUAUCUCCCGGCCUUAAGUCUCCCUCUGCCCAAUCACAGCAGCCUCAGCCGACCAGUUUCGUCCCAGUAACCUGUCUGACACAUGCCCUGUCGGCUGCCAGAUUCUUCCUGAGAGAGGAGCAGCUGGAACUAGUUGAUGAGCCCCUCUUGGAUCCCAGCUACUAUCUAGGACUUGAUGAGAGUUCCUGGGAGGAGUUCCUGAAGCAGUACUACAAAGUGGCUCAUUCGCAAUAUGGUAUCGAAGAUGCAGCUCUCUACGCCUCGGAGUGUGCUGAAAUAAUCGAGGAGUUGAGACCCUUGAUUCCUAUGUUGGACUGUGAGGGAGUGAAGAAUGUGUGGAUAUGCAAACCAGGCGCACUAUCCAGGGGCAGAGGCAUCAGCUGCCAGAAGAAUCUUGAUGAGAUCCUGAAGAUGGUGCCCUCGUUAGUCGGGGUCAGGGAAGGCCAACUGGUGGUGCAGAGGUACAUAGAGAGACCUCUGUUGAUAUACGGCACCAAGUUCGACAUCCGCCAGUGGUUCCUGGUCACAGACUGGAACCCCCUCACAAUCUGGUUCUACCGGAACAGUUACGUCAGACUUUGUAGUCAGGUGUACACUCUCGACAAUCUGCAGCCGCAAUAUCACUUGUCCAAUCAAAGUGUGCAGCACCACUACGAGAACCAAUCAAAUCGGCCCAAAGAACUGCCGAGUGAGAACAUGCUCACUUCGGAUGAGUUCGCCCACUACCUCAGAGAACAGGGUUACGGAGAUGCGUUUGAGGAGUCCAUCUAUGUGAGGAUGAAGGACAUCAUCGUCAGCACCAUGCAGUGCUGUCAGGACACAGUCGAAAAUAGAAAGAACUCGUUUGAGUUGUACGGGGCUGACUUCAUGUUGGGGGAGGACUUGAGUGUGUGGCUGCUGGAGAUCAACUGCAGUCCCGCCAUGGGCGCCACCACCCACAUCACCAAACAGUUCUGCUCACAGGUCAUGGAGGACACACUCAAGGUGGUGAUUGACAGGAAAGAGAACAAAAACGCGGACACGGGCUGUUUCGAGUUAGCUGUUAAACAGGGAGCCGUUCCAACUCCUCAAUACACGGGUCAGAAUUUGGUCGUGGAGGGGACACACAUCAAGAAGCCAUUCACCAAUGUCCCCAAGCCACUCUACGUGCCCCAAAUUCCAUCACGCUUUAAUCUGACUCAGAGGGGGGACAAAUCACGACCAGAAGACAAUAAUGGGGGAGGGGGGAUGAACUCCCUUCCAACUUCACUCUUAUCUCGUUCACACCAUUCCCUUUCGGCUCACCAUUCUCGCAACUCAAUAGCCGAGAGGAACCGGCUCACUGCCAAUAACCCAAACACGAGCGACGACUCUGAGUUGGGGACCAAUCAGAAUCAAGCUGCGAACAAUCGGUUCAGUCGACAUGCUUUUGACAAGAAUUCUUCCGACCAGCCAGCGAAAGACUCUUUACGCCAUAGAAGCAUCCCAGAAAUAGACUCCAAUAGUAAUUUACUGAAGGUUCCGAAUUACAUGUUGCCGAAACCUCGAAAUUCGGAUCUGAAUGCCCCGAAAACAAUCCCGAUUAUAUCAGCCGACAGUAAUCUAAUCAAACAUACUGCAGCGUCUAAGAGCAAGUCGUCUCUGGUAGACAUCGACCAAUCAGGAUCAGGCUUGGGCGAAGCUUGGGGUAAAAUGAAAAUGACCCCGGGCCAAUCAUUACAACCUAACGUCCCCCCUCCGCCGCCGCACGCCAUUGCGCGGGAAAAACCGACAACAAUCCCGCCCAAAUUAACCCCUCACAGUGAAACUACAAGUAAGUACAACGCUCCUGGUAGAUUAAAUACAAUCGCAGUUACAGAUUUCACAUCUCUGCGAAGACGACAUCAACAACUCAUGAGUCCUAAGAAGCAAACGUUGGUUUUUGGACUUCCGGGGUCCAAGUUACGGGAUCCUACUAAGAGCUACAGCGUCAUUGAAGGAAGUUUAGUGAGAAGUAACCAAUCUUUGUUUAUUGGGAAUGAGUACUCUGCAACUAUAAGUAGAAAUCACGCCCCUUAUCACCAUAGCACCCAGAAUAAUGACUUCAGUUUACUCCAAAGGUUGGCAGAGGCGCCGAGAAUCUCCACCAAGAAGACUCUGCCUGUUAAAAUUAUGUAUCCCAAGUACAGGGUACCAAAUAAAAACGUAUUUGCUAUUGACGAAAAGCCGGUUUAUUUUCUGGCUCCUGUAAAAUCUACGAUGCCGUUUGAUUGACAAAACUUAACUGUGUAAAUAGUCCAAACAGACUUCUUUCGUUAUCUUGCCUGAUUUUGUAAAGCUUUAUAUACGGUUUGUUUCCGCGUGUCUUUUACGAUAGAAUUUAAGGUUUUUAGUUGAAAA